AUGGACGGUGGUGGCUGCAGCAGCAGCAGCGAUCCGGUUCCCGGCCCGGGUCCGGAAGGGGAGCAGCGGCCCGAGGGAGAGCUUUUGGCCCCAGAAGGCAGCUCCCCGGACAGGUCCCAGAGCAAGGCUGUGGCCCCGGAGGCCAGUCCAGAGAGAAGCUGCUCCCUCCACAGCUGCCCCCUUGAGGACCCUUCCAGUUCUUCUGGACCACCACCAGCAACUUCCACCCUCCAGCCUGUGGGCCCAUCCAGCCCCUUGGGCCCUGCUCACUUUACCUAUCCCCGAGCACCGCAGGAGUACCGGGGGGGAAGCUCCCUGCCAGGGCUUGGGGACCGGGCAGGGCUGUGCUCCCAUGGCUCCAGCCUCAGCCCUUCCCCAGCCCCCUCACAGCGUGAUGGGGCCUGGAAGCCAGCAUCUGUGCAGCACCACGUGGUCAGCGUCAGGCAGGAACGGGCCUUCCGGAUGCCAAAGAGCUAUUCCCAGCUGAUUGCGGAGUGCCCAGUGGCCGUGCUGCUGCUGUGUCUGGCUUUCAUCCUCCUCUGCACCCUGGCUGGACUGCUGGGGGGCCAGCUACCUGAUUUCUCCAAGCCCUUACUGGGCUUUGAGCCUCGGGACACGGACAUUGGGCGCAAGCUAGUGGUCUGGAGAGCACUGCAGGCCCUCACAGGCCCCAAGAAGCUGCUUUCCCUUUCCCCAGACCUUGAGCUGAACAGCUCAACCCCCCACACCACUCUGAGCCCCGCCACACCCUGGAGCAGUGCCCAAGAGGGGUUGGUCCGGCCUCGGAGGAUGGUGGAGUCCUUGGAGGACAGAGGGCAGGAGAGCUUCUUCUGUGGCCCCCCUGAGAAGAGCUAUGCACAGCUGGUGUUCAUGUCCACCUCAGCGGGCAGCCUCUGGAACCUGCACGCCAUUCAUUCUAUAUGUCGCAUGGAACAUGACCAGAUCCGCUCCCAUCCCAGCUUUGGGGCUCUGUGCCAGCGUACGGCAGCCAACGAGUGCUGCCCAAGUUGGUCCCUGGGCAACUACGUGGCUGUGCUCUCCAAUCGCUCCUCCUGCCUAGACAUUACUCAAGCCGACACAACCCGCACGCUGGCCCUGCUGCGGGCCUGUGCCCUCUACUAUCACCGUGGUGCCCUGGUGCCCUCCUGUCUGGGACCCGGAAAGGACAAGCCCCCACGCUGUACCCAGGUUCCCACCAAGUGCUCCCAGAGCAGUGCUGUCUACCAACUCCUGCACUUCCUGCUGGACAAGGACUUUCUGAGUCCCCAGACUGCUGACUACCAGGUGCCCUCCCUCAAGUACAGCCUGCUCUUCCUGCCCACCCUGAAGGGUGCCUCCAUGAUGGGCAUCUACCUGGACCGCCUCGCUAUGCCCUGGGGGCUCUCCGACAACUACACAUCCGUCACCGGCAUGGAUCUGGGCCUCAAGCAGGAACUGCUGAGACACUACCUGGCCCAGGACACGGUGUACCCCUUGCUGGCCCUGGCCGCCAUUUUCCUCAGCAUCGCCCUCUACCUGCGCUCGCUCUUCCUCACGCUCAUGGUGCUGCUGGGGGUGCUGGGCUCCCUGCUGGUUGCCUUUUUUCUCUAUCGAGUGGCCUUCCGCAUGGCCUACUUCCCCUUCGUCAAUCUGGCAGCCCUCGUCCUGCUGAGCAGCGUCUGCGCGAACCACACCCUCAUCUUCUUUGACCUCUGGCGCCUCAGCAAGAGCCAGCUGCCGUCCGGGGGGCUGGCGCAGCGCGUGGGCCGCACCAUGCACCACUUCGGCUACCUGCUGCUGGUCUCGGGCCUCACCACGGGCGCGGCCUUCUACGCCAGCUACCUGAGCCGCCUCCCGGCCGUGCGCUGUUUCGCGCUCUAUAUGGGAACGGCUGUGCUGGCGCACCUGGCGCUCACGCUGGCCUGGCUGCCUUCCGCCGCGGUGCUCCACGAGCGCUACCUGGCGCGCGGCUGUGCCUCCCAGGCGCGUGGCCCGUGGGCCGGCAGCGCGCCCCGGCGACUGGCACUGGCCCUCCACCGACGGCUCCGCGGCCUCCGGAGGGCGGCCGCCAGCACCUCGCGCCUGCUCUUCCAGCGUCUCCUGCCCUGCGGCGUCAUCAAGUUCCGUUACAUUUGGAUCUGCUGGUUCGCCGCGCUAGCGGCUGGGGGCGCCUACAUCGCGGGCGUCAGCCCCCGCCUGCGGCUGCCCACGCUACCGCCGCCCCGCGGCCAGGUCUUCAGGCCCAGCCACCCCUUCGAGCGCUUCGACGCCGAGUACCGUCAGCAGUUUCUGUUUGAGCGGCUGCCUCAGGGCGAGGGCGGCCACAUGCCCGUGGUCUUGGUGUGGGGCAUCCUGCCCGUGGACACGGGCGACCCCCUGGACCCUCGCAGCAACAGCUCGCUGGUGAGCGACCCUGCCUUCUCAGCCAGCGGUCCUGAGGCCCAGCGCUGGCUGCUGGCCCUCUGCCGCGGAGCUCGGAAUCAAAGCUUCUUCGGGGCCCAGCCGGAGGGCUGGCCUACAUUGUGCUUCGUGGAGGCUCUCCAGCGCUGGAUGGAGAGCCCCGGCUGUGCCCGCCUGGGGCCGGGCCUCUGCUGUGGCCACUCGGGCUUCCCUUGGGCCCCGCAGCUUUUCCUGCACUGCCUCAAGAUGAUGGCUCUGGAGCAAGGGCCGGAGAGCCCCCGGGACCUGGGAGCCCGCUUCAAUACCCAGGGCGGCUUGGCUGCCCUGGUCCUGCAGUUCCAGACCAACUUCCCCUACAGUCCAGACUACAGCCAGGCUCACCAUUUCUACACUGAGGUCAACCACUGGCUGGCCACAGAGCUGGGCAGGGCACCCCCUGGCCUGCGCCGGGGUUGGUUCACCAGCCGUCUGGAGCUGUACAGCCUGCAGCAUAGCCUGAGCACUGAGCCUGCAGUGGUGCUGGGCCUGGCGCUGGCGCUGGCCUUUGCCACACUGCUGCUGGGCACCUGGAAUGUUCCCCUUAGCCUGUUCUCAGUGGCAGCGGUGGCAGGCACUGUGCUGCUCACCGUGGGGCUCCUGGUUCUGCUCGAGUGGCAGCUCAACACUGCCGAGGCCCUCUUUCUCUCUGCCUCAGUGGGCCUGUCCGUGGACUUCACUGUCAACUACUGCAUCUCCUAUCACCUGUGCCCGCACCCUGACCGCCUGAGUCGUGUGGCCUUCUCGCUGCGCCAGAGCAGCUGCGCCACGGCGGUGGGGGCUGCGGCCCUGUUUGCAGCCGGCGUCCUCAUGCUCCCGGCCACGGUGCUGCUCUAUCGCAAGCUGGGCAUCGUCCUCAUGAUGGUGAAGUGCGUCAGCUGCGGCUUCGCCAGCUUCUUCUUCCAAUCUCUCUGCUGCUUCUUUGGACCAGAGAAGAACUGUGGGCAGAUCCUCUGGCCUUGUGCACACCUGCCGUGGGAUGCUGGCACUGGGGAGCCUGGUGGGGAGAAGGCAGGUCGCCCACGACCAGGGCCGGUGGGAGGGGUGCCCGGGUCCUGCUCAGAGCAGUACGAGCUACAGCCCCUGGCACGACGCCGGAGUCCCAGCUUUGACACCAGUACAGCCACCAGCAAGCUGUCUCACCGGCCCUCCGUGCUCUCUGAAGACCUACAGCUACACGAUGGCCCCUACUGCUCCCGGCCCCCGCCAGGCCCUGCAUCCCCAAGGGAGCUGUUCCUGGACCACCAGGCAGUUUUCAGCCAGUGCCCGGCCCUGCAGACUUCCUCUCCCUACAAGCAAGCUGGACCCAGCCCCAAAACCCAGGCCAGGCAGGGCUCCCCAGGGAAGAAGGCUGAGCUGGUGCAGGCCUCAUUAGAAGGCCCAGCCCACCCUCCCAGGCCCAAGCCCCAGGUCGUGGAGCCCCCUGAUUGCCUCUGCUCCUCAGCCAGCACCCUGGAGGGGCUCAGCGUCUCUGAUGAGACCUGCUUAAGCACCUCCGAGCCCAGUGCCCGCGUUCCAGAUUCCGUAGGUGCCUCCCCAGAGGACCUGGAUGAGACAGAGCAGACAGUACCUGAACGGGGCCAGCUCAAUGAGAAGCGGGACACGCUGUGGCUGGCGCUCAAGGAGACUGUUUACGACCCAUCUCUGCCUGCCUCACACCAGAGCAGCUCGUCCUGGAAGGGCCGUGGUGGGCCGGGGGAUGGCAGCCCUGUGGUGCUGCCUAACAGCCAGCCAGAUCUGCCAGAUGUUUGGGUCCGCAGGCCCAGCACCCACACUUCAGGCUACAGUAGCUGA